AUGAAUAUUGGCACUUGGAAUGUACAAAGUAUCAGCGGAAAGAUUGAGGAAAUCACUAAAGAGUUAGAAGUAUUAAAAAUGGAUAUUGUAGCUUUAACUGAAACAAAAAGAAAAGGCAAUGGCACAGAACUAAGUAACAAUUAUGUGCAUAUUUUUAGUGGUGUUGCAAAACAUGAAAGAGCAAAAAGAGACUUUGAGAGCAUAGAUGAAAAUAUAAUUAGAGUUAAUAUGAAUAUAAAUCAAAAAUCAGUCACCAUUUUUGGAGUCUAUGCAAUUUCUGAUGACGAGCCGUAUCAUAAGAAGGACGAUUUCUUUGGAAAACUCAAUGAAGAAAUAACAAAAAUAGGAAAUGGAAGAGAACUUAUAAUCCUUGGCGAUUUUAACGGUAGAGUUGGACGCAGGACAAACAAUAAAAAUCACAAGGAUAUACAUAAAUACACUUGGACACAACCAACCAGGAAUCUAAAAUCAAUAAUAGACUACGUCAUAGUAAGACAACAAACGACACUUCAGAUAAAUGAUGUACGACCAUAUAGAGGCAUUACAUGUGGAUCAGAUCAUUACUUAGUCAAAGCUAAAAUUAAAUUCCCAUUCAGACGCGACAAAAGAGGGGAAACCAAUCGAAAUUAUGAGCAUACCGAACGUACUGAAUCUAAGCGAUAUAAUCUGGAUAGCCUAACAACCGAGAGUACCAGACAACUUUACCAUAAAAGAUUGGAUGAAAAACGUAUAACUCAGAAUUCAAGUAAGAACAAUAGCGUUGAAGAAGUAUACGCAAAUAUUCUAAGCAAUCUUCACAGUGCAGCGGAAGAAGCUCUUGGAUCAAGAGCUCAGGUUCAAAGUAACAACAUAUGGUGGAAUGAAGAAAUAGAUUGCUUAAUUAAGGAAAAGAAAAACGCGUACAAAAAAUGGCUAAGUAGUAAACAACAACAAGAUGGAGUCGCAUAUCUAGAUUAUAUCUACAUAUAUAGAACAACAAGACAAAAAAUAAGAACUGCAAAACGAGAAAUAUGGGAUAAGAAAUGUCAAGAAAUAAAUACCUAUUUGGGAGGAAGGAAGUGUGCCGAGUCAUGGAAGUUCAUAAACCAAGUCAAAACCUCAGAAAAACAGACGGCCCAGCUACAAUUAAUACCAAUGAAUAAAUGGAAGGAACACUACGAAGAACUCUUAACGGAAAAUAGGCAGGAAUACGCCACAAUAUCACCCACAGAGAUAAAUAUUUCCGGAGAAGUUAUUAACAUCGACAUACCGCAAACGAAAAAGGCAGUGGCAGCACUGAAAAGUAACAGAGGCCCGGGACCGGAGAAUAUUCCAGGUGAAUUGUUAAAAUGUGGAACAGAAAACCUAUUUAAAGCCUAA